GGUUUGUUUCGGAGGCAGUGGAUGAAUGCCAGCCGGCAAAGGUGCACGUUGUGAGCGGCACCCAGGAAGAAAUUGCGGACAUCUUUGCUGGGCUGGAGAGAGACGGCAUGGUGAAGCGCCUUCCCAAGUACCAGAACUGUUUCCCUCUUUCCACCGCCUGCUCUUUCGGCCUCGCCUGGGUCGCUCUCCGUCCAUCCCGUCCAGACUUCAGUGUGUGGCCUUCUGUGCACCCUAACUGGAAAGACCAGGAUAACUUGUUAUGCUGUCAAGUUGAUCGAAAAUCUGCAAAAAGAGGACCUCUAGUGGUCAGGAUGGAGCUGGUUAGCACGCACAGACCCUAAGGACGUGGCACGUGUGGAGAGUAAGACCGUGAUCGUGACGAGGCAGCAAAGGGACACUAUGCCCGUUCCUGCCGCUGGAGUGAAGAGCCAGCUGGGCAGCUGGAUGAGUGAGAGCGACUUCCAGAAGGCCAGGAAGGACCGCUUUCCCGGCUCCAUGAAAGGCCGGAAGAUGUACGUGAUCCCGUUCAGCAUGGGUCCGGUGGGCUCUUCGCUGGCCAAGUUCGGCGUGCAGGUGACAGACUCGCCCUAUGUGGUGGCCAGCAUGGGAAUCAUGACGCGCAUGGGCUCCGCGGUGAUGGAGAAGCUCGCCCAGGGGGCCGAGUUUGUCCGCUGUCAGCACUCCCUGGGAAGGCCCCUACCUCUCAAAGCUCCAUUGAUUAGCUCCUGGGCCUGUAAUCCCGAGAAGGUGCUGAUUUCCCACCUGCCAGACACCAGGCAGAUCCUCUCCUUCGGCAGCGGCUACGGAGGAAACUCGUUGUUGGGAAAGAAGUGCUUUGCCCUGAGGAUAGCCUCGCGCAUCGCCAAGGACGAGGGCUGGCUGGCCGAGCACAUGCUGAUUCUAGGAAUCACCAACCCUCAGGGAGUGAAACGUUAUGUGGCAGCGGCCUUUCCCAGUGCCUGCGGGAAGACGAACCUGGCCAUGAUGAAGCCGGCCCUGCCUGGCUGGAAGGUGGAAUGUGUGGGAGAUGACAUCGCCUGGAUGAAGUUCGACAGCCAGGGGAAACUCAGGGCCAUCAAUCCGGAGAACGGCUUUUUUGGUGUGGCUCCUGGCACUUCGAUGAAGACCAACCCAUAUGCCAUGGAAACCAUCUCCAAAAACACUGUGUUCACCAAUGUUGGGGAGACCAGCGAUGGUGGGGUGUGGUGGGAGGGUUUGGACUCCCCACCCCCGGGGGUCUCACUGACCGACUGGCACGGCAAAGCAUGGAAGCUAGGAAACCCCACUCCUUGUGCGCACCCCAACUCCAGGUUUUGUGCCCCAGCCGCACAGUGUCCCAUCAUCGACCCAAAGUGGGAGAGUGAGGAAGGGGUUCCCAUCGACGCCAUCAUCUUUGGCGGAAGGCGACCAGAGGGAGUUCCACUGGUUUAUGAAUCCUACAGCUGGCGCCAUGGUGUGUUUGUUGGGGCCUCCAUGAGGUCUGAGUCCACUGCUGCUGCUGAGCACAAAGGCAAGGUCAUCAUGCACGAUCCCUUCGCCAUGCGGCCUUUCUUUGGCUACAACUUUGGGGACUAUCUGGCCCACUGGCUCAGCAUGGAGACUCGGCCGAAGCCUCUCCAUCUCCCCAAGAUAUUCCAUGUCAACUGGUUCCGAAAGGAUCCCACAAAUGGGUCGUUCCUCUGGCCCGGCUUCGGCGAGAAUGCCCGGGUCCUCGAGUGGAUCUUCAGGCGCUGUGGUAGGGAGAGGGAGGACGACGCGGCCGAGAGGAGCAUCGUGGGCUGGCUGCCCCAGAAGGGCGCCAUUGACCUGAAGGGUCUGAGCAAUGUGGAUAUGGAUGCCCUGUUAAGCCUGCCAAAGGCCUUCUGGGAAAAUGAAGUGCAGGAACUCCAAACGUAUUUUAGUCAACAAGUGGGGUCCGACCUUCCCCCACAGAUAUGGGAGGAGCUAAAGUCCCUGAAGGAGCGGGUGAGAAAAUAAUGGCAGGUGCAAUGGAUCAAGAGAAGGAGUGCAGAUAAAGACGUGUUUCUGAAUGAUAAAACCUGAAGUUUUAAUAAGAAGGAAUGGGGUUGGUGACAUAUCAAGCUGUGCAGUAUUUAAAGUUUUAUGUGGGACACUGAAGUGUGGAAAAAAUAAAAUAGAAAAUCACUAUGUAUUUCAAUAUAUUCACAUAUAAUGAGUAUAAGGACGUGGUUGCUUGAAUUGUUUACAAAUUUAAGUUUUAAUUAUAUAUAUAUAUAUAUAUAUAAUAUAAAUUUGUUUUUGGAAAACUAGAAUGAGAAACCAGUGGUAAUACGUUUUAACUGGAUGUGAUGGUGGAGAAGACUUUUUGUAUGUUGAACGAAUAAAAAUAUUGAAAUGUG